CGUGGCUGUGUUGAUUCGGUUCCGUCCCCUUUCCAAUCUCGCUGCAUCGGUGCCCGUGUUUACAAUUUUCCGACCGACGAGGAUUUUUCUAGACUGGGCAAGUGGCGAAUUUGACGGAGGGACAGAAUAAAAGGCCAGACUCCAAUUUGAGAUGUUAUCCGCCCUCCCACGAGAAUUGUGGACCCGGCUCGUGAGACGUGACACCGAUUUGUGAAAUGUCAAAACGCAAUGUCUCUUACAUCAAGCCGCAAGAGCCAGCCUUCCUCGCUAGAUUAAAACAGCAGGUCGGCUACAAAGAAGGCCCCAACGUCGACACAAAGAGGGAGAAACUUCCUGAGUAUUCAUCGGAUGAGAGUGACGGAGAAGAUCUGCCACAAGUGGUAGUUUUGAACCCUGGUGAUUUGACUGCAGAAGAAGCUGCCGUUGUUAAGAAAGGGAUGGUUAGGGUUUAAAAAAAAUUAAAAGGGUGGAUGGGUAUCAGUUGUAGAGAGCCACCCUGGAUGUAGAGGCCGCUGGAGCUGGUGAAUUGCCAUGGCUGACUUCAUACCAUUUGAAUAAUGGCAUAGGCGAAUUGGUAAAUAAAGGAUCAAAAACGUGCAUAAACACAUUUCCAAAAAAAUUUCAAAUUUAAAGUAGCUCAAAAUUUUUUAAAAAUAAAAAAGAAGAGGGUCAAAUUUCUCCUUUGGGGCCAAAAUUUGGAGUCAGGACGUUUAUGAGGAGAGGAGGCCCUUUUUCCCCCUGAUGUCACGAUAUCUGUAUCCAUCUCGGUUUCCGGGAGGCAGUCGGGCGAGCCCAUGUUCUGCAGCGGCGGUCGUGGUGGUGGCCCUUCCCCGGCGCCGUUCACGUCCCCCUGCAGCGGCGUGAAUCGGCUCGCCCAACUUUCCAUCUGAAGCCGCCAUCUUCGCCUUUUUACAAACUAACGCCGUAAUUUUCGUCAAAUUGGUACCUGACUGAAACGGCCAGAGGGUGGGGCCGUUGGCAUGGUGGGGUGAAGGGUGCCAAGGGGAGGCCAUCGCCGGAACCAUUCCAGCUUCUACUCUAGGGCGGAAAAUUUAGAGGAAAAACUUUUCUCCAGUUGUUUAAAUAAUUUUCCAUACGAUCCUUUAAUCUGCCAAUGGGAGGGGGCAUCGCAGUCGUGUCAAUUGACAACCGACAAUUUGCCGAUAAUGGACUUGAAACUUACAAAACCGUUGUCCAUUUAUUAUAAUCACAAAACCAACCAAAUUAUACUUAGGUGGAAAAAAUUCUAAUUCCAACGAAUACACUUCUUGUGACUAUCAACUAUAGAUUUAUGGUCUCCUUUUUAUUUAGACCAUUCUCCUUCAUCUGCCAUUACUGAUAAUUGUUAUUGUAGGUUUCAUUUAUUAAGGGCACUUUAGUAAUUUUUUUGGAAUUAUCUGUAAAAUGUAGCCUUCUGCAAGAAAAUCACCCACAUGGUGUAUUGUCACCUUUCUUACUCUGU